CCUUUUCUUUUUUUUUUCUGGGUGAAAAUGGCUGCCACUCUCAUCCAAACCUCUGCGUAGAGGAUUAACUGAGCGUUGAAAUAUGCAGCAGACCCGCUUCGAGACAACACUCGCAGACGCCAGGGCGUAGUUAGUGCUGCGCCUUCACAAAGAUGUUGUGGCCGUCAGGGAGAGGAAGUGUAGACGAGUCGAAAUUAACCCUUUCCACUCCAACGUCCACCAACAAAUGAGAAAAUGAUGCACCAAGUGACCACCAGCAGCAGUGACUAUUGCAUGAGUGCACUGACAGAGGACUGUCAUCCAGGCACCCACUUUGAUUUAUGUAGUACACAGUCCAACAAAUUCUACCCCUCUCCGACAAACCCUGGUUUGCAGCUGUCCCUCGCCAGCCUUGCCCCUUUGCCACAGGGCAUGCACAAAGCCAUGGCGUGCCAGUUACAAGACGCCCAGAAUGACUUCCAGUCACAGGCGGUGAGAAUCAGAGCCGGUGAAGCUCUAGGGCCUGAGGGCUCUAAGAAAAAGAAGGGCACGGCGAAGUCAGGGCGGAGAGGGAGGCCAUCGGGGACCACAAAGUCAGCUGGGUACCGUACAAGUACUGGGCGUCCACUUGGGACAACUAGAGCAGCCGGUUUCAAGACAAGCCCAGGUAGGCCCCUUGGAACCACCAAAGCUGCAGGAUAUAAGGUGAGCCCUGGGAGACCCCCCGGCAGCAUCAAGAGCCUCACUCGCCUCAAGAAGCUAGAAUUCGGAUGCGACGGCACCAGGAAGCUGGACUUUAGCAACUGCAGUGCUCCCAAGAAGCUGGACUUCACUACCUGUGAUGUUUCAUCUUUUCCAUACACCAUGAUGGAGAAAAGAGACCUCUGUGAGCCCGGUAGCAAUAAAGUGGAUGAAACCACAGAGAUAAAUUCUGCAGCUGCUUCCCCGGUGUUUGAAAAACAUUUGGUUGCAUGAACAAGAGGACUAGAAGGAAUUGUGGCAUUUCAUGUAUGCUGGGAGAAAAAGUUGUUUUUUUCAUUUACAGUGGUUCAAAGUUUUCAUUGUACAGUGUUUGGCAUUCUCAUCAUCCUCUCCUAAUAAACGACUGAAUCACAAAUAUGUUGCUCCAGUAUGGCAGAGGUGCAUGCACAUGAAAUAACACCAGUCAGUAUAGUUUGUGGUUCAGACCUCAGUAACCCUGAUGUAUUUGGUUCCUCUGAAUUGUGACAUGUUCUCUUACUCUGUUCUAAGACAUGAAUAUGUUUGUUUGUGUGACAUUUUCUACAUGCAUAAACAUUUUAGAACAAAAAAAAGUCAAUGAAACCAAAUCUUUCCCGAGCAUAAAUAUGUAACCGUGUAGUCGUUCUUUGUGUUUUGUCCGCUUGUCUGAUAUGUGGUUUAUUUUGUGAUACAAUCCAGCAUCUUAUCGAGAGCAGGAGCCCUGCGGUACGUUUUUAUUGACUCAAACUGGGAAAGCUUAAAGCAUAAUACCCCCUUUGUUUCUGCACUUUGUAAAUAUAGUUUGCAUCAUGUAUUGUAACAGCCUGUUUCCAUAUCCACAGUCACUUGAUAAGCACUUCCACUUGUGCAUGUAUGUUAGACUGAUCAGUAGAGGGGGGAACGACUAAUGCUUUGUGGCAUAUGUAAUAAUAAUAAUGAUUUCCUGUAUGUGAAACCAAAAUAAAAGAAACAAAUGGUCUUUUUCA